AGAAGAACAUUGAAGAGGAUGCAGAACGCUCGUCCGCCGAUCUGAGGAUUAGAAAAUCACAGCAUUCAGUCCUCUCCAGGAGGUUUGUGGAGGUCAUGACCAAAUACAACGAAACUCAAGUGGAUUUCAGAGAACGAAGCAAAGGGAGGAUUCAGAGACAACUGGAGAUCACUGGUAGAAACACCACGGAUGAGGAACUAGAGGAGAUGCUAGAAAGUGGAAGUUCAGCCAUAUUCACAUCAGGGAUCAUCGAGUCCAGCAUCUCGAAGCAGGCUCUGAGUGAGAUCGAGUCGAGACACAAGGACAUCGUCCGGCUGGAGAGCAGCAUCAAGGAGCUGCACGACAUGUUCGUGGACAUCGCCAUGCUGGUGGAGAACCAGGGUGACAUGGUGAAUAACAUCGAGGUGAACGUGUUGAAGGCUGUGGAUCACGUGGAGACAGCGAAGGCUGAGACCAAGAAAGCCAUGAAAUACCAGAGCCGUGCGCGCAAGAAAGCCCUGGUCCUGGCUCUGAUGUUGUUGCUCUCACUCUGUGUUCUUGCUCUGAUAAUCGGCCUGGCCGUGGGGCUCACAGUCACACAGAGAGGGAGCCAGACUGCCGCGCCCACUGCCCCCAGCUCGUGAGUCACUCCAUCACAGAAUGGUGGUACUGGUGUGCUCUCCACCCUUACUGGUUUAACCCUUUCAGCUACACUGGCCAGCCCUUUUCACUGCCUCUCCUUUAACAUAUUUUCGGGGCACUGAACUGGUUAAACUGGUAACGGCGCUGUGUUACUGGUGAAGGGGUCCCAGUUAAUUAUUUUGUCUUUAAUGGUGAGGGGUUUGUGUCUCUGUGGCCAAAAGUUUUACAUCAUCCUCCUCGAGAAAGAACUGAUUCAGCUUCAUAGUCCAGUG